AUGCCAGGCUUACGGCAAGCGCAGGCAUUCCGCGAAAAUGCACCCAUCAGCGAGCGCGAGAGAAUCCUCAAACCGUACCUCCCACGCGAAUCUAACAUGUCGAAACGGCCGUCCGCCUCCGCCAGCUGCAGCACCAACAGUGGCCCACGCUUCCACCACCGCCAGCGUGUGCGACCUGCCAUGCGACACAUUGUGCACAGCCUGCUGUUCAAUCUGAUCCACAUCGUCUUCAGUGUCUCCGUUAGGUGCAGGCAGAUCUACCAUGCCUUGCUGGAUCGCGCGUUCGCCGUGCUGUACUAUCACCAUCGGACGCCGGGGUUGAUCAAGCGGGAUGUCGCCGGACUGAGCAGGGUGCCGAAGCAUUUGAGCGUGAUACUGGAGGUGAAGGAUGGGAAGGACGGGCUGGAGGGCGUCAUGGGAGACGCGUGUGAGUUGGCGGCAUGGAGUGCGAGCGCUGGGGUUGGCCUUUUGAGCGUGUAUGAAAGGAGCGCUAUCCUGAAGUCCAGCCUACCACACCUACAUCGACGCAUCACGAGGACAUUGACGAGCUACUACGGCAACAACAACACCAGCAAACCCACCAUAUCCCUGCGCUCGCCAAACCAACCUUCCUAUAGCCCUCCGGACUCGCCAGAGCUCACAAACGACUCCCAAUCCCCGCACCAUCUUACUAUCCUCCUCCUCGACGCAACAGAUGGCCGUCAGACCCUUGUCGAUCUCACCAAGACCCUGGCCGAAAUGUCACAACACGGCAAGCUUUCGCCAUCCGACAUCAGCCAGGAGUUGAUCGACGCUGAGAUCACCGAAAGUGUAAUGGGCGAGCCAGAUAUGCUUAUCUGCUUUGGUGAGAGGGUCGUUUUGGAAGGAUAUCCUCCAUGGCAGAUUCGUCUGACUGAGAUCUUCUAUGCACAAGACAACGGAGGCGGUGUGGGCUAUCAGGUCUUUCUGAGGGCACUGUAUCGGUAUGCAAAGGCCGAGUUCAGGUUCGGGAGGUAG